AAAAAAGUUGAGAUGUAAUUCACAUUUCAUAAAAGUUCUUUUAAAGUGUACAGUUCAGUGAUUUUUUGAGUACAUUCACAAGCUGCAACCCUCACCUCUAAUUCCAGAACUUUCUCAUCACCCCAAAGAGAAACCCCCUCCCCAUUAGCGGUCAUUCUACAUUUCCUCCUUCCCCAGCCCCUGGCAACCAGUGAUUCACCUUCUGUCUUCCAUUUAUUAUUUUUUAACAACUUUAUUGAAAUAUGGUUCACAUACCAUACAAUUUGUUUAAAAUGUGCAAGUUGGCUGGCUAGUAAACUCAGUUGGUUAGAGCAUGGUACUGAUAACACCAAGGUGUCCAGGGUUUGGUCCGUACCAGCCAGCUGCCAAAUAUAAAUAAGUGUACAAGUCCGUGGGUUUUUAGCAUAUCUACAUAUUCACAGAUAUGUGCAGCAAUCACCAGACUUAAUUUUUAUUACCCCAGAAAGAAACCCCGGACCCUUUUAACUACCACUGCCCUAUGCUCCCACCCCCCACCUCCCAGCCCUAAGCAAUCCCAUUUCCAUGUUCUAUGUCUUUACUUUGUCUCUGUCUAUCCUUCUCUGUCCUCAUUGUAAAAGGCAGAACGGCCAAGGGUGGAGGCAGAGAACGGUUGGCAAGUGUUUUGUGGGGUCCCUCCUUUGUGGCUACAUUUGAAGCCUGAGUCCCGGCCUUUGGUCUCUUUCCGUUGCCCUGGGCAUGUGGGCUCGGUCUUAACGUGAGCCAGGCCAGAGCGUGAUUAGAAAAGUAAAGCGACCAGAGCAGUCCUCAGUGGCUCCAGAACCCCAGGCCGUGUGGGUUCUCUGCAGUGUCCUGGUGGAGUGCCCUGGCCCAACCCUGCCCUCGUGGACCACCGACUUUGCUCGGGAGACAGUUUUCGUUCGUCAGGUAGAUGGGUAGGCGUGGCAUUGCUGGGUCAUAGGGAGCUCUCCGUCACCCCUUUGAGAAGCUGCCAGACUGCCUUCCCAGCUGUGGGGCUGUUAAGCCGCGUGCUAGUAGGAGUGCGUGGUGUGGGCUCCGCCGCCACCCUAUGGACGUUGUCCUCAUUUCGGGUAAGUUGCUGCGCUCAUCGGCGCGGCGACCCGAGAGCAGAGCCUCGGCCCAGGGCUGUACCUGCACCUGCCGCCAGCUGCCCCGCCAGGGCCCCCGGUCACGCUGGACGUCGCGGCCCUGGUGCCCCGGCCGCAAGAAGGCGGCGGGCCGCAAGCACCUGCUCCCUCCCCGGGGCUCCCACCUCGAGCGCGAGGCGCCGCGCCCACGGAAGGUUCUGAAAGCGUGACCCCGCCUCUGCCCGCAGCCCGAGCGGGAAGAAGUUCCGCAGCAAGCCGCAGCUGGCGCGCUACCUGGGCGGCUCCAUGGACUUGAGCACCUUCGACUUCCGCACGGGCAAGAUGCUGCUGAGCAAGAUGAACAAGAGCCGCCAGCGCGUGCGCUACGACUCCUCCAACCAGGUCAAGGGCAAGCCCGACCUGAACACGGCGCUCCCCGUCAGGCAGACGGCGUCCAUCUUCAAGCAGCCCGUGACCAAGAUCACCAACCACCCCAGCAACAAGGUCAAGAGCGACCCUCAGAAGGCGGUGGACCAGCCCCGGCAGCUCUUCUGGGAGAAGAAGCUAAGUGGCUUGAAUGCCUUCGACAUUGCUGAGGAGCUCGUCAAGACCAUGGACCUCCCCAAGGGCCUGCAAGGGGUGGGGCCGGGCUGCACAGAUGAAACGCUGCUGUCAGCUAUCGCCAGUGCCCUGCACACCAGCACCAUGCCCAUCACAGGGCAGCUCUCAGCCGCCGUGGAGAAGAACCCAGGCGUGUGGCUGAACACGGCGCAGCCCCUGUGCAAAGCCUUCAUGGUGACCGAUGAGGACAUCAGGAAGCAGGAGGAGCUGGUGCAGCAGGUGCGAAAGCGGUUGGAGGAGGCGCUGAUGGCAGACAUGCUGGCCCACGUGGAGGAGCUGGCCCGCGACGGUGAGGCGCCGCUGGACAAGGCCUGUGCCGAGGAGGACGACGAUGAGGACGAAGAGGACGAGGAGGAGGAGCCUGACCAGGACCAGGAAAUGGAGCACGUCUAAGUGGUCUUGCCGAGAGCCCAGUACGACGGGGCCACCAGCUCACCUGUGUACGAGCCGCCUAUAGACUCGGCCCUCGGCCAUGCUUGGGACCAGGCUUGGUGGCCAGGCCCAGCGGGAAGGCAGGCAGCUCCUCCUCGCUCCUUCCCAGGCGUGUCCCCUCCUCCCCUGGGCCUCAAGGGGCACGGCUGGAGGAUGGCCCCCACCCGAUGGACCCUCCGCUCCUCGCUGAAGGGCCGGGGUUCCAGGAGUGCCAGUUGCUCUUGGGCCCUGCUUGGCAGGAGGCCCCUCCUGGGCUGUGGCUCCACACAUGGAUUUGGGCCCAGCCGGUGCCCCCCAACCUUACAGCCAGUCGCCUCCCUGUGGCCACUCUCUGACCUCCUGGAGACAGGAGAGCGCCAUGGAGCCGGGGGCCACCUGUGAGGUCUUUUCAAUUACCGUAUUUCCACGAGGCUGGAGAUGUAUUUUUGAAACACAAUCUUGCCCCUCACCUGUGUGGUGUGAGGGACGUUAUUCUGGGGCCAGAACGUCAGCCCUCCCGAAGCGGCGCAGGACGGCCCCGAGUGAAUGCUUCCGAACGGCACACUCAGGAUGUCCCUGUCCUUCAAUAAACCCGUGACACAAACAGGCUUUCGCGCUGCUGUGUGUGCUGCACGUGCAGGUGAGCCCUGCUGUCUCCUCUGGAAACCAGACUGUCACUCUCGCCAGCCCCGGAGGCACAAGCCUUGGACAGGAGUCCCUGCCCUGCUUGGAAGCCUCGGCACAGAGAACUGGGGCCCAGUGUGCGGCCAGGAGCCCAUGAUCCUUAGUGUCCCCCUCUGUCUAGCAGGGUGGAGAGCCUGCUUUCACGGGGGCGUUGGUGCUCUCUUCAUAAUUGGUGCCGUGAGCCAUGGGGACAGGGCUGUGGCUCCUGGACGUGCUAUCUCAAGGUGUGUUUUAUAGGCGGAGGUCUAAUUGUCCCCAUAGUGGGCUCUGGAGCGGCUUCUGGCACCAAGGUCAUCAGAAACAUCGUGUAACCUAACUCUUCUCCCCCUACCUGUGCCUGGGCACUUCUGUGCCUGCACACCGUCUGUCCUGAGUGGCCUCUGGGCCGACAUCCUCGUCCCUGGCUCCCAGGUCUGCCCCUGGGUGGGGGAGGGGCCCGUCAAGCCCUUGGCUCUGCCUGCCUCUUGCCUCGGCCUUAUGCCCACAGAAGGGGUCGGUCCUGUUGACCCUUCUCGCCCCCGUCCCUGCCCCUGACCAGGAUCCGACCUCUGCAUGUGGCUCCCUGGGCAGAGCCGCUGGCGCGUUCCUGAUCCACCUGCGUGGCUACCUUUUGCUCUGCCUGCCUGGUGAGGGCUGCGGGGGUGGGAGGUGACAGAAGGGUGGCCUCUAAUGAGGUCACCAGUAUCUGCAGCGUCCCUUCCUCCCCCAAGGACCCUCACCUGGGAUGUCGAGCGAUGGCUUUCCUUUUUUUCCAAGUCAAGUCAAAGCACAACUCCCUGGAGGACGGAGGCUGGUGGUGCGUGGCGGGGCAGGGUGGCCCCACGUGGUGGCUGGCCAGGCUGGGGUGCUGGGGCCACGCAGGAGGUUGGCCUUUCUUGGAGGCCAAGGCUGCUGAGGGACCUCCAAGUGGGCAAAGUGUUUCCUGGGGUCGGUUGUAUGUGGGAAUGGCCCAGCGCCCCCUCACAGUGACCUCUCUGUUUGGCCUGGGGUCCCUGGGGUGCUGCCUGUAGUUGGGCCGCGGCCUCCGCUCUGCCCAGCCUGGUGUUAGGGGGUGAGGGACAUGGGACAGUGGUGUGUCCUAUACCCAUGACUGAAUAAAGCCGCCUCAGGAGAA